UGAAUUUGCCCAACGCCGUCACGCCCUUCCUUGCUAAAGCAACAAUAUACCACCAACAUCGAGUAACAUUGAUCCACAUUAAUUGUCACCUGAUAUAUAUCGCCCAUCGACGAUAAAUACAGAGAGAUCAACACAAUGCCUACUUUACCUUCUUUCGAUGCUUUGUUGAGAUCUUUAGAUCAUUCAAUACCUUCUCCUACUCUUUCACACCAAUAUUCACCUACUCGUACCACUGAAUGGGGUUAUCCUUCUCCUAAUUUCCCUCAUACGCAUGAAGUGUCCCCUUCCCACUUUGACCAUCAUCACGCACACGAUCAUAAUAAUCAUCACGGUAGACCACAUUCACAAUCACUUUCAAACCCUCUCCCCGUACCUGAAUUAGGAGUAGGGGUAAACGAUCAUAUCGUCAGGCCAACUUUAUCAGUUAUACAACCUCGUUCUUCCACAUUUUCUAUGAUUUCUAAUCAUACUCCCACAACCACACCUUAUUCGCCAUCGACGCCAUAUGACCUGACUCCUACGUCCAUCGGAGGGGCGAGGAUGAACGAAGGAAACAAUGGAAAACCAACAGAACCUUUUCGUGGAAAUCGACCAAGAGCAGCUACUGCACCAUCUUCAAUGCUCACUCCUCCUUCUCCUGCUAGAGCACAGAGAAGUAUGUCUUCAAGUGAACAUUUCACGAAUCGUCUAAAGGAGAUUAAAGAUGAAAUGUGGUUGGAUAAAAAAGCGAAAUGGGAUGCUGUGGCUCCUUUUCAUUUACCUUUUGCUGCUCAACAUCAUCGUCAUACUCGUCAUCCAUCCACUCUAUCCGUUUCCCUCACUUCUAGUCCUUCUCCCACAUUCCCCACCCCAUCUUUCCCUCACCCCCCGAGGACCUAUUCGAGCAGUACAACAACCUCUACCAUGUCCACUCUUUCCACUACGGAUUCGUCAAACGUUCCGUCUACUCCACAAGCUUACGAAAUCCCUUACCAUCAGACCUCUCAGUCAGUCGAGGAUAUAGGGAUUGACCAGACUGAGGAGAGUUACGAAGAAUCUCCUCACACAGCUAAAAUCUACACUGCGUGGAAUAAAGAGUACUUUCCUCCUUCCCCUAAAUUGGACAUUCAGGACAAAUGGUCAGGUAGUGGAUGGAAGAAUCAAAGCGAUAAUGACGGUGAGAGGAAAGGUAGAGAUGAGAAGAAUAUGAAGGAAUGGCAAUUUCCGGGAGGUAUGAGGAUCCCUACGAUUCCUCGGGUUUGAUAUUGUUCUCUUGAUUUGUUUUCACUCUCCUGGCGAGAUGGAUUGGUUGGUGUCAGUGAUGUGUUAGAGCGAAGUAACAUUUGUGUACAUGUAGUAAAAAAACCCCGACUCGUUUGUAAAAUCUGUGUAAGAUGUAUGGAUUUCAUCCACCUGAGUUGUUGG